AUGCUGUUCGAGCUCUGUGUGGUCGGAGGGGCCGAGAAGCACACGGCCAUUCUUGUCAUCGGUUGCGAUCUGCUGAUGCUCACAGGUGGCAUCGUCAGCGCCAUGAUUGUGCCAAAGGAGAAGUCGCUUCAGCGCAAUCUUUGGUUCGGCAUCUCAGUGUUCUUCUUCGUUAUCAUGGUGACGGCGCUACAGGUGGAUGUGGCUAAUGGCACCGUGCUCGAGCGUCCCCCAGACGUGCAGCAGCUAUUCUCGUACCUCAAGUGGCUUACGAUCAUCUCAUGGUCUGGCUAUCCUGUGGUCGUUUUGCUCGGGCGAGCGCAUUUCGGCUUGAUCUCGAAGGGCAUGGAAGAUGCCUUGCUGUGCAUUUUGGAUUGCAUCUCCAAGAUUGGCAUGGAGUUCUUCGUGGUCAUCAGCUGCUCAGGAGAAGGCGCCCAAUGCCAUGCCAAAGAUGGCAAGUAA